AUGGAGGAUACACCGGUAUCCGACUCAGCUGAGAAAGCAACCUAUAUUCGCGAAGCUGAAAGCCAUGAAACCCUAUCCGAUGUUCGCCCUGGCGCCGAGUUCUCUCCCAAACAGCCCCUCAACUGGGGACUUGCCGGUGAAGUGAUGUCCAUGCAGGAACGAGAUCUGGCCGCAGGUUACAGCAAGCGUGAACUUGGCAUUACCUGGCAAAACCUGACUGUCGACGUCCUUUCAGCGGAAGCCUCCGUCAACGAGAACUUUUUCUCCCAAUUCAAUCUUUUCCAGCUGGCCCGUGAUUUCCGACAAAAACCUUCAAUUCGAUCAAUUCUACAGGACAGUCAUGGCUGCGUGAAGCCGGGAGAAAUGCUGCUGGUACUUGGACGACCUGGAUCUGGUUGUACGACCUUGUUGAACGUCCUCUCAAAUCGCAGGGCAGGCUACCGUUCUGUCACUGGUGAUGUCAAAUUCGGCACAAUGACACCUGAAGAGGCCAUCCCAUACAAAGGUCAAAUCGUGAUGAAUAGCGAGGAGGAGAUCUUCUUCCCUACGCUCACCGUUGGACAGACAAUGGACUUCGCCACUCGUUUGAAGACCCCCUUUCAUCGCCCUGAAGGAGCUACUCCAGCAGACUGGGCAGGUGAAUUCAAGAAGUUCCUUAUGGAAUCAAUGAAGAUCUCCCACACAGAAGACACCAAGGUCGGUAACGAAUUUGUGCGCGGUGUUUCCGGCGGAGAGCGAAAACGCGUUUCGAUCAUCGAGUGUAUGGCGACAAGGGGAUCGACAUUUUGCUGGGAUAACAGUACUCGAGGUCUAGAUGCAUCCACUGCACUCGAGUGGGCAAAAGCGCUACGUGCGAUGACGGAUAUUCUUGGUCUGACUACGAUUGUGACGCUUUACCAAGCAGGCAAUGGUAUUUUUGAUCUUUUCGACAAAGUGCUUGUGUUGGACGAGGGAAAACAAAUCUACUAUGGCCCAGCUUCCUCGGCAAGGUCCUUCAUGGAAGAACAAGGAUUUGGAUUCACAGACGGUGCCAACGUGGCCGACUAUUUGACCGGUGUCACGGUGCCGACCGAGAGAAAGAUUCUCCCUGGUUACGAAUCCACAUUCCCCACAACCGCCGAUGAGGUCCUCGGUAUCUACCAGAAGUCCAAUACCUAUCAACAGUCCAUUACUGAGUAUGAUUACCCAUCCACACCGCUGGCUCAGGAACGUACGACCGCAUUCCAAGAAUCGGUGUCAUUCGAGAAGAGUACUUCAUUACCUAAGGGUAGUCCCUUGACCACUGCCUUCCAUGAUCAACUCAAGACAUGCAUUAUCCGCCAAUACCAAAUCAUCUGGGGAGAAAAGUCCACGUUUGUCAUUCGACAGAUUGUCUCCUUGGCUAUGGCUCUCAUUGUCGGAUCCUGCUUCUACAACUCACCUGACACAUCGGCCGGUAUCUUCACCAAAGGAGGUGCGGUCUUCUUUUCCCAGGUUUAUCAGGUGACUAUGGCGAUGGCUGAAGUCACCGGUUCGUUCAAAGGUCGACCAGUCUUGGUCAAACAUAAGACUUUCGGCUACUAUCAUCCUGCAGCAUACGCUAUUGCAAUUCUGACAGCAGAGCUGCCUGUCGUUCUGUUCCAAUGUACCAUCUUUUCGGUUAUUCUAUACUGGAUGGUUGGCUUGAAAGCAACUGCUUCUGCAUUCUUUACUUUCUGGAUCAUCCUUAUUUCUAUCACUUUGUGUGUGAACGCACUAUUCCGAUCGAUUGGCGCUGCUUGCAGUAACUUGGAGGUGGCUUCUAAGGUGUCCGGCGUCAUGAUGAAGGGCUUGGUCAUGUAUACUGGGUACAUGAUUCCGAAGCCUGACAUGAAGCACUGGUUUGUCGAAUUGUACUAUGCGAAUCCAUUGGCAUAUGCCUUCCAAGCGGGACUUACGAACGAAUUCCACGACACCAUCAUUCCAUGUGUUGGAGAGAGUCUUAUUCCCCAUGGCGCUGGCUAUGAGGACUCCAAGUAUCAGUCAUGCGCCGGAGUUACAGGAGCCGAAAGAGGUGCCACUUAUGUGACCGGAGACAACUAUCUUGCGGCCCUUCACUGGAAGCACUCCCAACUCUGGCGCAACUUCGGAGUUGUAUGGGCCUGGUGGGCCUUCUUUGCUGCCAUUGCGGUUGUUUCAACGUGUAUGUGGAAGGCUGGAGGAGCAGGCAGCAGCUCGCUUUUGAUUCCACGAGAGAAAAUGAAGCACUUCCAGCGCACCAAGGACGAGGAGACCAUGUCUUCUGAGAAGACAAACCGCCAAGUUACUAAUGCUAUACCUGCCGAUGAUUCCCAGAAUCAACCCAGUCUUAUGCGAAACACCUCAGUCUUUACGUGGAAAAACCUGGUCUAUACCGUGGACACCCCUUCAGGAGACCGUGUCCUUCUAGACAACAUCUAUGGGUGGGUGAAGCCCGGCAUGCUUGGUGCUUUGAUGGGAUCGUCUGGUGCUGGUAAGACAACCUUGUUGGACGUUCUAGCGCAGAGAAAGACCGAAGGCAGAAUUCAAGGAACUGUCCUGGUGGACGGCCGUGAACUCCCCAUGUCCUUCCAGAGAAUGGCGGGAUAUUGUGAGCAACUCGAUGUUCAUGAAGGUUACGCCACUGUCAGAGAAGCGCUUGAAUUCUCUGCCCUUUUACGUCAACCUGAGCAUGUUCCUAAGGAAGAGAAACUCGCCUAUGUCGAUACGAUCAUCGAUUUAUUGGAGCUCCAUGAUCUUGCAGACACAUUGAUUGGCACUAUUGGCGAGGGACUUAGCGUCGAACAACGAAAGCGCGUCACAAUCGGUGUUGAGCUCGUGUCUAAGCCUAGUAUCCUCAUCUUCCUGGAUGAGCCUACGUCAGGUCUCGAUGGCCAAUCUGCUUAUAACACUGUCAGAUUCUUGCGCCGCUUAGCUGACGCUGGUCAAGCAAUUUUGGUCACGAUUCAUCAGCCUUCAGCACAGCUUUUCGCUCAAUUUGACACAUUGCUACUUCUUGCGAAAGGCGGAAAAAUGGUGUACUUUGGUGAUAUUGGUGAAAACGCAUGCACUGUGAAGGAUUACUUUGCGCAAUACGGAGCACCCUGCCCUAUAUCCAGUAACCCUGCGGAGCAUAUGAUUGAUGUGGUUACUGGUGGUAUUGAAGAGGUUAAGGACAAGGAUUGGCAUCAAGUUUGGCUCGACUCAGCCGAGAACUCAGCUGCCAUGACUGAGCUUGAUUCAAUUGUUUCCAGCGCCGCCGCAAAGCCACCAGGGACUCUAGAUGACGGCAAUGAGUUCGCCACCUCGCUUUGGACUCAGAUUAAGCUUGUUACUCAUCGUAUGAACGUCUCUCUGCUGAGAAAUACGAACUAUGUGAAUAAUAAGUUAGAGUUGCACAUUGUCUCUGCUCUACUCAACGGCUUCUCAUUCUGGCGCCUUGGAAACUCGGUCGGUGCGCUCCAACUGAAAAUGUUUACCAUCUUCAAUUUCACCUUUGUUGCUCCUGGUGUGAUCAAUCAGCUCCAGCCUCUCUUUAUUUCCCGCCGAGAUAUUUAUGACGCGCGCGAGAAGAAGUCAAGAAUGUAUUCUUGGAAGGCCUUUGUUGUGGGUCUUAUUGUGUCCGAGUUCCCCUAUCUUUGCCUAUGCGCUGUGUCAUACUUUGUGUGCUGGUACUACCAGACUGAUCUACCACGCGCAUCCAAGAACGUCGGAGCCACCUUCUUCAUCAUGUUGAUCUACGAGUUCAUCUACACUGGAAUUGGCCAAUUCAUCGCGGCAUACGCACCGAACCCUACGUUCGCAGCUUUGGUGAAUCCUCUCAUUGUCAACAGCCUCGUGCUAUUCUGUGGAGCAUUCGUUCCCCAGACGGAGCUCAACGUCUUUUGGAAGUAUUGGUUCUAUUAUCUGAACCCGUUCACGUAUGUUGUGGGCGGCAUGUUCGCCUUUGGUAUUUGGGAGUCGAAGGUCACUUGCUUGAGCUCGGAGCUGGCUUACUUCGACCCGCCCAACGGCACCUGCCAAGACUACCUGGCGAAAUACAUUGCCGGUGCAGGAUCCGCCAUCAACUUGCUGAACCCGGAGGCAACGUCCGACUGCCAGGUCUGUGAAUACUCGGCUGGAAGUGAUUACCUGAAGAACUUGAACAUCAACGGUUACUACUAUGGUUGGAGAGAUGCCGGAAUCUGCUGUAUCUUUGCUCUGAGCGGAUACGCGUUGGUCUUUGCCUUGAUGAAGCUCCGAACCAAGGCCUCCAAGAAGGCGGAGUAA